GCAGGAGCGGCAACCACUAGAGGACGCUGAAAAAGAGAACUAUAUUCUUGUAGCCUAUUAAUUAAGCUCUCGACAAGGAUUAUUUGUUAAUAUCCACUCGUUCCCACAAUAUUUGACAGCCAUAUUAAGGUCUUUUGAAUGAGUAACAGUGUGGCUGUCAUUUUGAUGUUGGCAAGUUUAUUUAGCUGAAGAACUUAUUUUGUGCUGCAUUGUCAAGAAAAUAUUUUAUGGAUCAACAUUGGCAUGAGCCAGCGUUUACCCAUUAUUUUGAAUUUAGUGCCAAUGAAAUUUCAGAUAGCUCCUUGCAAUCUAUAGCCUAUAUCCUGCAGUUAACACGGCAGGCGUUGGGAUAUUUGAUUGCCUGUAUUCUUGUUUGUUGUCUUCGAUGAAUUGCUCAAACACGGAGUACUGAGUAUAGGCUACGCGUUGAAGACUCUCCCCGCCUCCAACGGAAGGUUAUUUGCUUUGUCAGCUCAUGACUAACGUUACCACUAGGAACCUUGUGCGUCAGAUAGAUCUCGCACUUUAACCGGUGAAGGAACCCUUUUAUCGCUGCCUUUUAUCGCUCCUUUGCACCAACCAGACAACACUGUUCCAGUGUCCUUCGGACUUUGAGCAAGGGCGUCUUGGGUUCUGUGCCCCCUCCCUCUCUAAGCGUUGAAGAUGACAUUAAAGUCCAACAAAAAUGAACCAGCUGUCAUAUUCGAGCAAGUACACAGCGUUCGAACAGCUCUGUCUGAUCUGUAUCUAGAACAACUGCUUCAUAAUAAACCACGGACAGAUAAGGCUACCAUGCUGGCCCAUGAGGACAAAGGCCAGGCGGUGUGCUCUAAUGGCAGUGCUGCACAUCACAAUGGCAAAGACAUGAACCCACGUGAAGUGGCUUUUGAAAAGAACCCCUCUGAGCCAAUGGGAGUGACUCUAAAGUUAAAUGCGAAGCAGAAAUGUACAGUCGCAAGAAUAUUACAUGGUGGAAUGAUACACAGACAAGGGUCGCUACACGAAGGUGAUGAAAUAGCUGAGAUAAAUGGACAGAGCGUAGACAACCAGUCUGUGGAUCAGCUGCAGAAGAUUCUGAAAGACACAAAUGGAGUUGUCAAACUUAAGGUCAUCCCAAAACAGCAGAGCCGCUCUCUUCCCUGUGAGAUGUUCAUGCGGGCUCAGUUUGAUUAUAACCCUGCUGAGGAUGACCUCAUUCCAUGCAAGGAGGCGGGACUGAAGUUCAGCACUGGCGAUAUCAUCCAGAUUAUAGAGAAGAAGGACCCAAACUGGUGGCAAGGCAGGGUGGACAGCUCGGCUGCUGACUUCGCAGGGCUCAUCCCUUCCCCUGAGCUGCAAGAAUGGCGUCUUGCAAGCAAAAGCAAGAAAGCAGGAGACAGCACCCAAAGCUGUAGCCCCUUUGGUAAGAAGAAGAAAUGCAAAGACAAGUACUUGGCCAAGCACAGCUCAGUUUUUGACCAGCUUGAUGUCUUCUCCUAUGAGGAGGUUGUACGUCUCCCAGCAUGUACCAGAAAGACUCUUAUCCUCAUUGGUGCCCCGGGUGUAGGGCGGAGUCACAUCAAAAGUUCGUUGCUGCUAAAAUAUCCAGAGAAGUUUGCCUAUCCAGCCCCGCAUACAACUCGACCCCAGAAGAAGGAUGAGGAGAAUGGGAAGGAGUACUUCUUCAUCUCGAGUGAUGCAAUGACCAAGUGUAUCGUACAGAAUGAGCUCCUUGAAUAUGGAAGCUUUCAGGGAAAUAUGUACGGCACCAAAAUGGACACCAUCAAGAAGAUUCAUGAACAAGGCAAAACUGCGCUGCUCGAUGUGGAACCUCAGACACUGAAACUUCUGAGAACUCCUGACUUUGCCCCUCUUGUUGUGUUCAUUGCACCAACCAAUGGAAACCAGUCUGACGCUGUGAAAGCUAUCCAAAGAGAGUCUGACUCAAUCCUGGCCACCUACAAGCCCUUUUGUGACCUGGUUCUGGUGAACAAUGACGUGGAUGAGAGUGUAAAGGCAGUGGAGGAGGCCAUCGAGUCGGCUAGCUCCAACCCGCAGUGGGUGCCCGUGUCCUGGGUGUACUGAGACAACUCGCUGUACCAUCCUGUCCAAUCAGUGUGUACUGUACAAAAGACGUCUGAUCCCAUGCCAUAAGCCAUAACAGAACAUUCUUCUGCAGCAUUUUUUGGUGAUCAAGGCUGUUUAUCUUUUAAACCAAACAUAUACUGUUCAAAGAGAUUAUAUAAAAAAUAGUUUAAGAAUUCAAAGGGAGAUAUAUAGGGAGGACAUAUUUAUGGUGUAUGAUGUAGCAAUAUAAAUAGUUUUCUUUUAUGUUGUUGGGAGGACCAUAAUGUUCUUGUUUUGUCUUAUUUUUUUAAAUGACCACAUUUAUUGAAGUAGCAUAGCCAAAAGGAGGGAUAUAAACUUGUAGCUACUGUCUAUUUCUAAAUGCCAUUUCUACAGCCAGUCACGUCUUCCCUCGUGGUACCUCCAAACGUGUGUAUCCCUAUGCUGUAAUGGCCUAUACGAUAUUAAACACCUCCCUUGUUAUCUAAAA